CUGGUAGGCAUUGGACAGGAAGAGAGUUGGAAAAAGAAACGGGACGCCCUCCCUCUUCCUCCUCCUCCUUCUCCUCCUCUUCUUGCUGCUUCUUAGCGGAUAACGGUGUCCAAGAAGUUAUUCAGGACCGAGGGAGACAAAAGCGCGGCCAUCAGUCAUAAAUGUUCUGGUUUUAGAGCGAAAAGCGGCCGGCUGUGAUCAGAUCAUGGAGGAUUUGGGACUGUCUGAGCCGCCUUGCUACCCUCUCAGUCCUCGUAUUGUUGUGUUUGAUGCCCUUCUUGCAGACUUGGAGAACACCAGCUCUCCUCUUCCUCGGUGUCCCGUCUUGCUGACCUCUGACCCUCCACAGAACUCCGAUGCCAACUCCCAUGACUCGGCGCAGGCUCGACCGCCGCCGCCCGCCUACACGCCGCAGCAGACUGUUUCUGCAGCAAUGAAGUCUUCAACCAACUCCAACCCGGACAAAUUAUACAGCACCGUGUGCAAACCGCGCUCUCCGCGCUCUGCAGACCCUCCGCCUGCUUUCUCCUCCUCGCUGCUGGGCGGCGGUCUGAAUGAGCUGGAUCACCUGCUGCAGGAGCUCAACGCCACCCAGUUUAACAUCACAGAUGAGAUCUUGGCCCAGUUUCCUGCUUCUAAGAAAGAUGAGAGGGACAAGAUCAAGGAUAAGACCUCAACCUCCUCCAGCUCUUCUAAGCCUUCAGCGACUUCAGCCACCAUGGAGUUGGACAAACUGAUGGCUUCACUGUCUGACUUCAGAGUCCAGACAACGCCAACUCCGCCUGUCAGCCAAGUGGUCACCGCGCCGCAGCGGCCCGCCACCCCGCCACAGCAGUCCGCCGCUCCAACCCAGGCCACACCUGGAGGCUCACUGGACAGCAUGCUGGGACUCCUCCAAUCAGACCUGAGCCGACAAGGAGUUCAGACGUCCUCCAAGGGAAACUGCUCAGCCUGCCAAAAACCAGUCGUAGGACAGGUGGUGACGGCGCUCGGGAAGGUGUGGCACCCGGAGCACUUCGUAUGCACAGAGUGCGAGACGGAGCUGGGCAGUCGCAACUUCUUCGAGAAGGACGGGCGGCCAUAUUGCGAGUCGGACUACUUCACGCUCUUCUCCCCGCACUGCGCUAACUGCAGCAAACCGAUACUGAACAAAAUGGUCACUGCUCUGGACAAGAACUGGCAUCCGGAGUGUUUCUGCUGCGUCAAGUGCAGCCGCACAUUUGGAGACGAAGGUUUCCAUGACCGUGACGGCCAGCAGUACUGUCAGCAGUGCUUCCUGACCCUGUUUGCCUCCCGCUGUCAGGGCUGCAGCGAGCCGAUUCUGGAAAACUACAUUUCAGCUCUGAACUCUCUCUGGCAUCCGCAGUGCUUCGUGUGUCGGGAGUGCUACAGCCCCUUCGUCAACGGCAGCUUCUUCGAGCACGAGGGCAAGCCGCUGUGCGAGGCCCACUACCACCAGUCCCGCGGCAGCAUGUGCCAGGCCUGCCAGCAGCCCAUCCUGGGCCGCUGCGUCACCGCCAUGGGCGCCAAGUUCCACCCGCACCACCUGGUGUGCCAGUUCUGCAUGAAGCCGCUGAGCAAGGGCUGCUUCAAGGAGCAGGAGAACAAGCCCUACUGCCACCCCUGCUUCAUCAAGCUCUUCGGUUAGACACCCACCGCUCCACGGACCGGCUCUACGGGAGACUCUUAGGGCCACCAACAAAAAAAAGUAUAAAAUUCUGAUUUUUUUUUCUUCUCAGAAUUCUGACAUUAAUUUCAAAAUUAUGACUUAAAUCUCAGAAUUCUCCCAAUAAUAGAAUUCUGACUUUGACAUCAUAAUUCUGAUGUUAUUUUCAGAAUUCUGACUAAUUUCAGAAUUUAGAUAUUAAUUUCAGAAUUUUGAUAUUAAUAGAAUUUUGACACUAAUUUCGGAAUUCUGACUUUAAUUUCAGUUUACUAUCUAUUUCUCCCAAAAUUAUAUUUUUUGUCAUCCUGUGUAUGGAAAAAAGAGAGAGGAAAAAAAGUCAGAAUUACAUUUUUUUUUCCGGUGGCCCUAAUCUUCUUCUGUACUUCUCUCAUCCUCUGAAUCCUUGAAUAAAAGCAGAUGGUUCUUCUACAUCGUAUCUCGGUUAUUUAGUGCAGCAGUGAGGAUGGAGUUGAGUCAACCAACACAGCACAUAAUUUGUUUUUUAGAAAAUGAGAUUGAGAAGAAACAUGAAGUAAAUUGACGACAAAGUUUCUCUCACCCAUAAAAUUUUAGCUUUUUUUGCCAAAGGAAGGAAAGAAGCAAAUUAAAUGUAUUGUUUCAGUCUACGAGGUUAAAUGUUAUGAAAGAAAAUUCCUUAUAAUAUAUUUGCUUUUUAUUGCCUCAAGUACACACUUCACUGCAUUUGCAUUUAUGUAUUGUUUGCUGAUUGCUAAAUAUGUUUACGUAAACUACCUUAUUUUUAAAGUCAGGUAUCGUUCACUUAUUUCCCUAUGCAAAAUGUCAGACGCGUUUCUAGAAAUAAAAGAAGUUUUUAUGAUG